ACGAGAAUUUGGAAUUAAGAAUUAAACCCUUUUAGAAUGAGUGGCCGGAAUAAAGGAAAGGGAAAGCGAGGAGGAGGAGGAGGACCCUACCGCAAUGUCAAGGCGAAUCACAACUGCGCCCGCAACUUUGCCCAGCAGGCCAACGAACUGGCCAACAGCAGCAGCAGCAGCGAGGGCGACAGCUCGGAUUCGGAAUCCUCAGGAGCCGAAGUCAAGGACGAUCUCGGCCAGCCGCCAGAGUUCUCGGUGGCCAUGUGGGACCUCAACCACUGCGAUCCGAAGAAGUGCUCGGGCAGGAAACUGGCGCGCCUGGGUCUGAUUUCCAAUCUCCGCCUGGGUCAGAAGUUUCCCGGUCUCGUCCUCUCGCCCGUUGGCCAGUUGUGCGUCAGUCCGCUGGAUCGGGAAGUGGUUUCGUCCUCCGGCGUGGCCGUGAUCGACUGCUCGUGGGCCAAGCUGGACGAGACGCCCUUCGCCCGGAUGCGCAGCCCACAUCCGCGUCUGCUGCCCUUCCUGGUGGCCGCCAAUCCCAUAAACUAUGGCAAACCCUGCAAGCUCAGCUGUGUGGAGGCCAUUGCCGCCACUCUGUACAUUUGUGGAUUCACCGAGGAGGCUCGCUGGUUCCUCGGCAAGUUCUCCUGGGGUCACGCCUUCCUGGAGCUGAACGAUAAGCUCUUAAACGCCUAUGCCGCCUGCAAGAGCAGCGACGAGAUAGUCAAGGUGCAAAACGAGUACCUGGAGCAGGAGCAGAAGGAGCGGGAUAAACCCAGGGAUCUGCGCGACUUCUACCCCACCAGCAGCAGUAGUAGCGAGUCGGAAAGCGACCAUGAUGACUAAUCUUUACAAGGUGCUGACAUUUUAUUAGCAUUAUUACCAUUAGCUUAUUACAAAUCA